CAGGCCUGAGGAGCAGUUCCAGGCAGCCGCAGCGCCAUGCUUUCUGUCUUCCUCUGGAAUGGAUUCUAGAGAUACGGAUCUGUAUGAGGACUACCGCUCCCCGUUUGACUUCGAUUCCGGAGUGAACAAAAACUACCUCUACUUGUCUCCCAGAGGGAACACGUCACCGCCUGGUUCGCCUAGGCAGAGCUUUGGUCUGCUGAAGACAGAGCCAGUGGCCGAGGAAGGAGAGGAUGCCGUUGCCAUGCUCAGUGCCCCAGAGAACCUGUCAGAGGAGGAGCAAGAUGAGCUGAGACGGGAACUUGCUAAGGUGGAAGAAGAAAUCCAGACUCUCUCUCAAGUGCUGGCAGCAAAAGAGAAACAUCUUGCAGAGAUCAAGCGCAAACUUGGGAUCAGUUCACUUCAGGAAUUCAAGCAGAACAUCGCCAAAGGGUGGCAAGACGUGACCGCGACCUCUGCAUACAAGAAGACAUCUGAAACCUUAUCUCAGGCUGGACAGAAGGCUUCCGCUGCAUUUUCAUCGGUUGGCUCAGUCAUCACCAAGAAGCUGGAAGAUGUAAAAUUGCAAGCCUUUUCACAUUCCUUUAGUAUACGCUCCAUUCAGCAUUCGAUUAGCAUGCCUGCUAUGAGAAACUCCCCAACUUUCAAGUCAUUUGAAGAAAAGGUUGAAAACUUAAAGUCUAAAGUAGGGGGAGCCAAGCCUGCCGGCGGUGAUUUUGGAGAGGUCCUGAAUUCCACCGCGAACGCUACUAGUGCCGAGGCCACGGAGCCACCUCCAGUGCAGACGGAGGCCAUGCCCUGAGUUCCUGCUGCUCAUAUCCUGCUGCCCACUGCCAGGUGCUGCAAGGGACAUCAAGCACAUCUUGUCAGUGUUCAUGGCCACAGAUUUCGACCAGAUGUGCUUUCAUUUAGCUUUACUUAUUUCUUUGACCAAAUAGUUUGUGAAUUGAACGAAGUGGGAGCACGUUCGCCUCCACGCCAGGGAAACGCCCCUUGUAGGAGACGGCAGCACUCUGGGGUGACAGGAAGCUGCCGGUGACUGUAGCCUCGGUUUUACAGAAUCACUCCACAUCUGGGAUUCUUUUCGAUCCUUUUCUAUACAAGUCAUUUUUCCUUUUUGAGUCUGUUAUACUUGAUUUCUAACUAAAAUUGUUCUUCUAAAUUCUGGUAAUUAAAAGUUUUGGAAUUAUUUUGUUACUUUUAAAGGAGAGACCACCAGCUACACUUUUUUUUUCCUGGGAUAAACAGUUUUUGUAUGUGGACCAUAUCUUGGGUUUCUGAGCACACCAGACUAAAGCAGACAGGUGUGUACAUACUUGAGUAGUUCUGCAGUUAAAACCAUGCAGAAACUCAGUCUGCCAGUGGCAUGAGUGUGGGGUCCCCCCAUGUCCUUGGUGAUUAGCAGCUACCAUUUCAACAUACUCGUUAUUUAUUAUGCCACUCUUACACAUUUUUUAUAAGAUUAAAAUUUAAUUUCAGGCAAACUGACAAAAUAACAUUGUGAGUCAAGCAUAUAUUACUAUACGUUGAAAUGUGACCACACUUGUCACUGAUAAUUCCAAAAGUCUAAAAAUGUGUUUAGGUCUAGAUUGCUGUAAAAAUGCUAAAAUCGAUCACCGUAGGGGAACUUGCUGCCUCCAUUAAAUCCAUUUAGCACCCAUUAGGAAGCACAGAAAGUUCUAUGAGAAGUACAACUUGAAUAUUUUUAUACUGAGGUAUUGUUGACUCCGAAGGAUGUAAGGCAUUAAUACAAAUGAGCUCAUCACGUAUGUGUUUUCAGUGUGUAAGUGAUGUAAAGUCUACUGUAGAUACCGCCCCUGCUUGGAGAGAUCUUGGGGCUUGUGAAUCAAGGCUUCCGAUGUCUCUGCUAAGCUCCUCCCAUAACUGUGGUAACUACUGACUCACUACCAUUUCCUUUUGCUGUCUAUGUUUAUGGCUACGAGGUCUGUCUGGUAUUUAUCUAUUGUGAUUUUAUCAUUGUCCAUGCCAAAUGUUAAUUGCCAAGCUUGGAGUGACCUAAAGCAUUUUCAAAAGCAUGACUAGAUUUAACUGAGGAUAAAGUUUCUGCAGACCAAGUCUGAAAAGCCACAAGUGUCAGUCGUUACAAAAUGACAUGCUGCCAUUGUUGAUUGCUACUUGGAUGCUCUAUUGUAUGUGACAAAUCUCAAUAAAGUCUGUGUAUCAGUA